GCUGCAUCUCCCUUAAUAAGAUCAUCCCACUGAGGUCAAGGAGCAAAUACACUCUAAGAUUGGUGUGGGAGCCCCUAUUCUUGCUGGAGCUCCAUGCACUCCUGUCCCAGGAUGGAUGUCAGGAUUACAGCAUAUUUUAACUCAAGUGAGUUAUGAUGUAUGGAAAAGCUUUAGAGUUCCUCCAACUUUCUGCUAAUGUUCUAAAUGCCCCACAAGCAUGUUGCUAAGAAAUUAGUCUGCUUUAAUUAUCAUGCAAUAAAUAAAUUUGCUGGAAAUUAAAGUCAAAUAACCUCAUACACCUAAUACAGACCACCUAAAUUGUCAAGAAUAAUGAAGAGAUUAGCUACAAAGUUUAGAGUCUAUCGAUAGAUUCUUUCUGAAAGAAACAGGAGUCUGUAGAGAUUAGAGUACCUAAAUAACAAAUUAUCUGAAGCAGAAUUUCCUUUUAGCAUUUUCAGGUGAGGAUCAAUGUUUGCAACGUAGACUGAAAAUAUGUUUUCCUCCUCCCAACACUUUCCUCUGUAUGUUCUGUCAGAUUUCUCUUUUUCAUUACAUACUGCAUGGUAAUUUUGCCAAAGACACCUCCAGUUUGGGGUCUGGCAGUCUUCAAAUACUUCUGUUGAGUCACUGAUGUCUAGAAUCACAAAAUAUGUCAGUUUUAAGAAGUUUUGCUUAAAUCCCCAGUUUGUUUACCAACCUUAUAGGAUGCCUGUAGUGGCUUUGGCACCCAAAAGAGACGUAGCAGUGCUACCUAAUCUUUGAGAAUGUGGGGCGCAGCGUUUAUUCGCCCCAGGACCUUUUAUUCUGGGUUAGCAUUAUGCCUGCAAUCCAGCAGCUGCAAACAUGCUGUGAAGGAAGUGAAGCAAGGACCAGAUUCCUGUGUGUGUGUGUGAGUACCAGUCUGCCAGUUUGCAGUAGUGCUGAUGCAGGCCUUGGGUCAGAGGUGAAUUAGACUCAGCUUUUGAAAACACAGUCUGAUUUGAUGUCUCCAGAUCCAGCUUUAUGUUUUAACAAAGUUUAAUCAGCUUGCCUUUUCCUGUUGUGAUGAAAUAACAUUCCCAGUUUUGACAGUCUCUGGCUUUGUGGAAUGGAAAGUCAAAAUAAACAAUGAAGACCCCACUGAACAUGCUAAUACACAACCUCAAAUGUUUCCUUAAUUCCUAGGCCUAAACUAGACAGCUUAUCCAAACAUUUCCUCCUGUUCACUCCUUCUGUCCCUCACGCCAUACUGGGUUACAAGAUUUUAGAUAGGAACUUCUAAUACACAUAAUCCAGAUUGAAAGCAGAGUUUCAUUAGCACAAACUCCCCUAUCAUAAUUGUAAUCUACAGUAAAUGAAUGCAAUUAGCCACACCAGGUCUCCCCUGAGCCCUCCCCUCCUCUGCACACAGACAGCAUCCAUAAAUUGACACCAGGCUCUUGUAUAAAGCUAGGAUACUCUAAUAGCAGCAGGUCUACAGGCUUGCACUUUACGGGGUCAUGUCACUGCUUCUCUUUCAGCUGUUAGUGCUCUCAUGUCUUGGAGCCACAGAGCCAGAUGGAGAUUCACCACGAAAGAAAAGCAGAAGGACAUUUCAGCACCUCCUCUAUCUGGACAAAAAACUACUUGAAAGUCAGAAUUUUCGUGAGCUGGCAGGAGAAAACCCAGCAGGUGUUGAGGAAACUCCGGGAGAACCAAGUUUUUUUGUAGCAAUUCCACAGACGGCAUUUAAAAGUGGGAAGCAAAAGGAGAAAAAAAUGUCCAGAUUCAUCCUUCCUGAUACAAAACUCCAUGUAGAACAAGGCCUGAGAACCUGGGCAGCACCCAGAGAGAUCUCUUCUCUGGAAAACUUCUCUCCAUCCCCUUUUUCCAGCAAGAGGGAGGUUGAACGUUCCUAUAGAAGAGAUGCCAAGAAAUUCUGGGAUCACUUCAUGUUAAAGAAAAAUUCAGCAUCUGAAGAGGUUGUCCUGCCAAUCAAGACCAAUGAAAUGCACCAACAAAACUGCAGAACGCUGCCUUUUUCCCAGGGUGUUACUCAUGAUAGCUGUGAGAAGGUGAUGGUGCAGAAUAAUCUGUGCUUUGGAAAAUGCAGUUCCUUCCAUGUUCCUGGUUCAGAAGAUCAUCUUUAUACAUUUUGUUCUCAUUGUUUGCCCAGCAAGUUCUCCAUGAAGCGGCUAGAUCUCAACUGCACUGGUUCUGUUCCAGUGGUCAAAGAAGUCAUGAUUGUGGAAGAGUGUAAAUGUGAGACUCAGAAGAUUGAAGGCCCUGCAACUGGAUCUCUACUGUCAGACUUGCAUGCAAAUGUACAUCACCACUAUUAAUCUGUGCAAAGUACUUCUUAACAGCUUGAUCGUAAGAAUUUGUAAAUGGAGAAAAAAAACGCAAACCCGACACCAAAACUAAAGCUUUCAUCACACUGAUGCACAAAAAUAUUAAACUGCCUGAACUGCUUCUCUGCUUCAACAAUAAAUUUACCUAACAUGUAACAGAUGUUUCCUUGCAGCUGUUAAAGAAAUGGAGAUGAGAUUAUUGGGCUUAUGUGUGCAGUUCUUACUUUAACAAGGGAAACCUUUAAAAAAUUUUCCACCCUUCUUAUCACUGUUUCUAGAAUGCCAGUAAACAACAGCUGGAGAACUAGCAAGAUUUAUCUGUGCAAAACCCGGAUGUAUUAGCUGGUUUACAUCCCCUUUGCUUGCAGGGACUGCCAACAUAGCUUUACUGGCAACACAGAUAAGGCUUUAGUUUCUUCCUUGCAAAAACAGGUCUAAAUUCAAUCAAGAUAGUGCCUGAAUGUAAAAUAUAAAUGGGCAUAAGGCAGACAGAAGGCUGUUAUAGUUAAGGUCACUCUGACUGCUUGUAGCUGGGGUCCAGUUCCCAGUGAAAACUAAUAUACUUUACAAAUUACACACUAGGAUAGUGGUUGCAAAGGCUAUUUUGCCAUAGAAACCACUUACUCUCCUUCUAUGUGCCUGCAUUUGCUCUGCAUGGCUUUUUUUAGCUGAACUUCUGGCUUCCCUGCUCCCUCCAGCUGCUUCUCCCUGAAUUUGUUUCACAAACCUGGCACACCAGGCAGUGAUCAGCUUCCAGCAGCUAGACUUCAGCCUAUUUCUAACCCAGCUCAUUCAGCUCUCUGGAAAUCUGCUCCACUGCUGUUGCCAAACUCUCAGACCUGAGCCCCUGUUGUUGAACUAUCCACAGCUCUUUUUUGGGACACUGGAAAUCAGUAUUGAAAUAGCUGGCCAAGUCAAGGUUUGGGUAAAUGAUUACUUGUAUAUGAACUGCUCUGUGAUCAGAAGUGUCUUGAUUUCCUGUCAAAAAAUACAUUCAGCAUGGCUUUGGAGUGCAAGACCCAUGUUUAAUAUUUACUGAAAAUUGCACCUGAAUGAUAUUCUGCUACUGGAUCUGAACUGCUGCAACAGCUGUUUGCUUCUGCAGGUCAAUUGCAGUCAGCAAACUCAAGAUUAGUAUAUAAUUAUCCUACAUUAUACACAAACCUGGUUUUAAAUAAUAAAAAUUGUAUACUAAAACUGAACAAAGCCUUCUCUUGAUCCUUUAAGGAUUGAUGUGCAAAUUUUGUAUGGC